AGGUAACUGAUGUGGGUUUGGGUUAUACUCAUCUCCUUCUAAAAAUUACUGUAAAGCAAGAAAAUCAAAAUCGGAGAGAGAGAAAGCGAACAUUUUUUUUCUGUGAAAAAAAGAGAGAGAGAACAUCCAUUGAGAUUGGCGAAAUCGUGGUGUGUGGAAUAGAAAAGGAGAGAGAGAGAAAAGAAAAAUUUUUUUUCCUGGAAAAGGGAAUCCAAAAAUGCAUUGCAAGACCGUUUGUUUGUUGUUGAGAUUUGAUCCUUUCCCUUCACUCCCUUGUUCUUGGAUCGCUGUCUUUUCUUGCUCUCCUAAUUUUUCUCUAUAACACUUUUUCCCUUUUCCUUUUAAUUUUCUGGUCAUUGAUUCUUGAAGUGCUUCAAAUUCUGUUGGAGCCAAAAAGAUCGUUUUUUGAGCCUCCCCCACGAUAAUCUGCUCCAAAUUCAAUUCUGGGUCGGUUCAAUUUCUCCAAAAGAUUCAGUCACUUUGUUGCAUUGUUUGUGCCGGAGGUUUUAAGGUUCGAUGAAGAGGCAAUGAGGUGUGUGGCUGAGAAAUGGAGGUUAGAUCAGAGGGUAUACAAGUGAGGUGUGAUAAACUUCCGGGUCCAGUGAUACCCAAGACACGUUUGAGGAUUUGGUUCAUUCGUGUGUGCUCAAGCAUUGUGCUGUGGACGUGUCUGGUUCAGUUAGUGACAGUGAGUGAACUAUGGCAUUCACAAUUGAUUUCUGGGAUCACUAAUGGUAUAUAUCACAUAACUCAAGUUCAGCUUCCAAUACAAGGGGAUAAUGGGGUUGCUCAAUCGCCUCCUGUUUUUCUUCCCCCGAGAAAUUAUACAAGUAAUGGAUUUCUAAGAGUUUCCUGCAAUGGGGGCUUGAAUCAAAUGCGUGCUGCGAUUUGUGAUAUGGUGACAGUUGCUAGAUUUUUGAAUCUCACAUUGGUAGUUCCAGAGCUUGAUAAGACAUCAUUUUGGGCAGACCCUAGCAACUUUGAGGAUAUUUUUGAUGUGAAGCAUUUCAUUGAUUCUUUAAGAGAUGAAGUUCGGAUAGUGAAAAGAGUGCCCAAAAAGUUCAGUAGCAAAUGGGGAUACUCUACCUUGGAGAUGCCUCCUGUUAGUUGGUCAAAUGAAAAAUAUUACCUGGAGCAGAUUCUGCCACUUUUUGGAAAACAUAAGGUGUUACGCUUCAACAAAACUGAUACACGUUUAGCAAACAAUGGUCUUCCACUUGAUCUACAGAAACUCAGGUGUCGUGUCAAUUACCAGGCACUUAAAUUCACUCCUCAAAUUGAGCACUUGGGGCGCAAAUUGAUUCGUAUGCUUCAUGAGAAGGGACCGUUUGUGGCAUUGCAUCUGAGAUAUGAGAUGGACAUGUUGGCUUUCUCAGGUUGUACACACGGUUGCACCGAGACAGAAGCUGAAGAACUCAAGCGGCUGAGGUAUGCUUUCCCUUGGUGGAGAGAAAAGGAGAUAAUUUCUGACGAGAGGAGAUCACAGGGUCUAUGUCCUUUGACACCAGAGGAGGCAGCCUUAACUCUGCGAGCCUUAGGUUUUGGUAGGGAGACACAGAUCUAUAUUGCAGCUGGUGAGAUUUAUGGCGGUGAACGUAGACUUGCACAAUUAAGAGCUGUAUUUCCACGAAUUGUGAAAAAGGAAACGUUGCUAACCCGUGAUGAUUUGUGGCAAUUCCAGAAUCAUUCAUCACAGAUGGCAGCCUUGGAUUUUAUGGUUUCAGUAGCCAGUAACACAUUUGUUCCUACCUAUGACGGGAACAUGGCAAAAGUAGUGGAGGGUCAUCGCCGGUAUUCUGGUUUUAAAAAGACCAUCUUGUUGGAUCGAAAAAAGCUGGUAGAAUUGUUUGAUAUGCAUAGGAAUGGAACCCUUUCAUGGAAUGAGUUUGCAGAUGCUGCGAGACAGGUUCAUGAAAAGAGAAUGGCUCAGCCAACUCGGCGAAGAGUUAUCUUAGAUAAGCCAAAGGAAGAGGACUAUUUCUAUGCCAACCCUCAUGAGUGCUUGUGUGAGGAAACAAAUUGUGAUGACUUGCUAGGUCCUCAUAACACUACUCAGGUAUCAUGAGUUAAGAGAAGGAAUCCAACAUAUGAACCCAUUCCACUAACUUUCUCAGGUGCUGCAUUAAGAAUCAAGAUUACUGUCACAAGAUCUUAGAUUACAAGAAUUUUGUAGGAAAGGAAAGCAAGAGAGUAAAAAUAACAAGAGUGGAAAUAUUAGCUUAUGUUUGAGGCUAGCAAAAGAUGCCCCUUCAUUUGUAUCUUCAUUAGUUAAUUUUUUUUUUCUUCCGUCUUUUAGAAGUUACAUUCAAUGAAUAUUUGACUAUUCACAUUGAGUAUACCCAUUAAUGAUAAAAAAGAAGAAUGAGAGUAACCCAUUAUCGUAUCCUAAUCUCAAAGGAUAUGAUUUUAAUGAA